GGUUAAUCUCUCAUAACGACAGUUUAUGUCUUUCUUUAAAAUAUAUCAAUAGCCAUAGAUAACAAACAGAUUAAAUAAAUUCAAAGUUUAAUUGAUUGCGCUCCUCCUGUUUAUUAAGCACAUCGGAAUCAUGUGUUAAAUGCCAAAAUUUUUUUCCUUGACAUUCAGUUUUGCUGUGGGAUGUAUAAAUCCAUUUCGAAUAAGUGUUUCUAAUUUCUGAAUUUCCUCAUCUUUUAAGACGGGCAAAUCGGCAAAAAUUAAGAGAAACCACACGCAGCAAGAAGUAAUUAAACAGUGUUAGCAGGUGUGUGUAGUUCUUCAUACUAAGGAGACUGAUUCGGUUGCCAACUGCGUGGAAAGUAUGAUUGCGUGCAUCCGUCACUUAUUGGUCGCGUCAGUGCGUUACAGCAUUUCGCGCAAUCUACAUGUACGGUCACAGUUCUUUCGCUCUUUAAAGCAGGUUUCUCUAGCAGUAAAGAAACAGUUACACAUCCGGGCAGGCCUUUUCACACCAGUGACAUUGCUUGCUGUCAGCAUGGCUUCAGAAACUCAAGAAACUACACCAUCAGCCAGCAGUGAAAUUUUAAACUUCAAAGAAAUUUUUGAAAAAGCUGACCAACUUCACACAGCUUAUGAAACUUGUAAAUUAUAUGAUCUUUUGAAACCAUAUCAAAAUUGCGAGGAUGAUCAGUUGCUGUGGCGUCUAUCUCGAGCGGCAUAUGACAAAGCAAAGAGAGAACACAACAAAGAUGCACGGAAAACAUUCAUGUAUGAGUCUUUUGGUUAUGCUAAAAGAGCUCUUGCUCUAAAUGACAAGAACUAUGCAUGUCACAAGUGGUAUGCUAUUCUUCUCGAUGAAAUUGGUCAAUAUGAAGGUUUGAAAAUUCGAAUUUCGAAUGCUUAUUUAAUAAAGGAACAUCUAUUGAAAGCUGUUGAAUUUAAUCCAAAUGAUGCAACUUGUUGGCAUUCGUUAGGUUACUGGUGCUUCAUGUUUGCUGAUAUGCCAUGGUAUCAACAAAAGGUUGCUAGUGCACUGUUUGCUACUCCACCUACCUCAACCUAUGAAGAGGCCAAGAAGUAUUUUCUAAAAGCAGAAGAAAUUGAUCCUAAUUUUUACAGUAUGAAUUUAGCUAUGCUUGGCAAAACAUUGGUGCGCCUAAAUGAAAAUGAUGAUGCUCGUAAAUAUCUUAAUAAAGUUUCAAGCUAUGCAAUACGAACUGUUGAUGACAAAAAGGCCCAUGAGGAGGCUGCGUCGUUAUUAAAGAAAAUCGGAAAUAAAUAGACACAUUUGUUUUCAACAUAAAAUCAUCACAUCAAAUUUGAACAAAAGACUAUUAAAGUUUUUUUUUUUUCUUCAUUCAUUAUCAUAAUUACCAUACAAAAUUCGAUACACUAGACUUCUGAUUUCUUAAUAUUAUUGAUUCUUUUCGCCAACUUAAUGGCAAUUAAAUAGUUAAAUUUACAUAUAUUUUACAUACAUAUCGAUGCCAAAUUGAUACUGAGGAAACAAUAAAUUUUUUCGAGAUUUUAUUAAUAUUUUAAUGCCAACCUGGUGUUGAGCAAACUUUGUUUUCCCCCACGAAAUUUUGUUCCUACAUUAAACCGAAAUAAAAUAAAACUGUCUAUUGGUUUUAAUAUUAGAAAAAAAAAAGAGACAAAACAAAAACGAUUAAAGUAUUGCUGAGUUAGCAACUACUGAUAAUUUUCAUAUAUUACUGAAAUUUCAAUUUCAUAAUUUAUGUGAAUAAAUUAUUUAC